CAGGACACGGUCGUUUACAAUUGUGAAACUAGUUAUACUAUUGGGGUCGAUGUUUUCCACAGACGAAAAUAGAUUUUUGUUUUUUUGUUUUUUUCAAAUUUCGGAUGUACGUUAUAUUGUUACAAACAAUAAUCAAACAAGGUCGUGCAAAGCUAUUUAAAAACGGAGUUAUUGUUUUACUAGCACUGUGAUAGUGUUGCCUGUGUAUACUAACGACACAACAUUAAAUAGUCCACCAGAUUUCAAAUAAAAUAACAAGGGAAAUGAAAAAAAAAUACCCCAACAAAAAAAACACGCUUUCUUCAUUUCAAAAAGGUUAUAUUUUUGUAGCUAAAGAUUAUUUUUGGUUUACCUAAAACAACAAAACGGAGAUACUACGACAAAACACUUUCUAAUACUUUAUGAUGAUAAGUACCGGUUGGUGAGCAAAUCUCCGUUACGUCAACUGUAACAUAGCAACACUAUUCUCCUUUUUCAUAUUAAUUUUCAGGUGUUAAAAUAUAUAUAUAUUUUUUUGAUAUAUGCGCUUCGCUACAUUCAUGCUGAACACAUGUGACAGUAUCUGACCUCAGAUGAUCUGACACACAUCAAAGUUUCGGGAAACUGUCAAAGAAGAAACCCAAAGGCACAAAGCUCCAAACAAAACCAUGGGACCAGUUAAAGUAGAUGUCCCUUCUCCAGAAAAGUUCUUGCAGAAACACUCAAAGGAACCAAAACUUGCUGACACUACUGAAGGUGGACUACUUGAGAAACCAUUAAAAAAGCUGUGUGGUGAUCAGAAGAAACCUCGAUUACCACUCAGAACUGAUCACCCAGUCAUGGGGAUUCAGACCAAGAAGAACUUCAUCAAAACCAACGCCGUUGAAACUAUUAUGUCAGUGCCAAAGAAGCCCCAACCAAACUAUGUGGACACAAGAAGAGGAGACAAGCAACUUCUGGACACUUCAGGGCUUGUUCCAAAAUUCACAAAUAAAAAGGACUAUGGACAGACUCCUGAAUAUCUGAUAAAGCGAAAUGAAGAGGUGCAGAGGGCCCAGGAAGAGUAUGAUGCAUAUAUAAAGGAGCGGAUUCGACAAGGAUCAAUGAAGCAGCUCUCUGAUGAAGAAAGGGAUGCAGUUCUCCAGGGUCUAAAGAAGAACUGGGGGGAGCUCCAUCACCAAUACCAGGGCAUCUCUGUAGUCACUGACACAACACCAAAAAAGUACCGCAAGGAAAGACUGGAGACAGAGAUGAAACAGCUGGAGAAAGACAUUGAUAUGAUUGAGAGACACAAAACGAUCUACAUUGCAAAUAAAUGACUUUCCAGAGGGUUCUGUGUUAAAUAAGUGUCGUCAUGUGUAAUAAUAAAUCAUAGAAUCUAAAUUAAAUACAUUUUCUUUUAAAUAAAUGAUACCACCUAUUGUUACAGUCAAGUAUAUUUUAGAAAUUUGCAUACUGGUUGUUACAUAGAUACUGCAAGUGGGAACCAGAUGAACCAUUAUUUAUAACCAUGUUUUCAUUGUAUUCUCUUUCUCUAACAUUGGUUAGCCAGUGGUAUGCAACCAACAAAUGACUACACAGGGGAUGCAAUCAGUAACAUAUUA